AUGGAGCUCUCCCCGUCGUCCGGAGGAGCCGCGGAGGCGCUGUCCUGGCCGGAGAUGUUCCCCGGGCUGGAGUCCGACUCGCCGCUGCCUCCGGAGGAGCUGGAAGCGGUUGUCCCAGUCGGCGGGGCCGUGGCUGGAGGCAUGUUGGAUCGGAUCCUGCUGGAGUCCGUGUGCCAGCAACAGAGCUGGGUCCGGGUGUACGAUGUGAAGGGGCCACCCACGCAUCGUCUGUCUUGCGGCCAGUCACCCUACACGGAAACGACAACGUGGGAGCGGAGGUACUGCAUCCUCACGGACAGCCAGCUGGUGCUGCUCAACAAGGAGAAGGAGAUACCUGUGGAGGGAGGACAGGAGCAGCAGACAGAUUCCACCAAAGGGCGAUGCCUGAGGAGAACCGUCAGUGUCCCUUCCGAGGGCCAGUUUCCUGAGUACCCACCAGAGGGCGCCACUAAACUGGAGGUGCCGGCAGAAAGGUCCCCCCGCAGACGGAGUAUCUCAGGGACCAGUACAUCAGAGAAACCCAACUCCAUGGACACUGUAAAUACCUCACCCUUCAAAGUACCAGGGUUCUUCAGCAAGCGCCUGAAAGGCUCCAUCAAGAGGACCAAAAGCCAAUCAAAGCUUGACAGAAACACGAGCUUUCGGCUUCCAUCCCUUCGUAACACAGAUGACAGGGCUCGUGGUCUGCCUAAACUAAAAGAGUCACGUUCCCAUGAGUCCUUGCUGAGCCCUUGCAGUGCAGUAGAGUGUCUGGAUCUUGGCAGAGGAGAGCCCGUGUCAGUGAAACCACUCCAUAGUAGCAUCCUUGGACAAGAUUUCUGCUUUGAGGUUACCUACUUAAGUGGAAGUAAAUGCUUCAGCUGUAACUCCGCUUCAGAGAGAGAUAAGUGGAUGGAAAACCUUCGUAGGACAGUUCAACCAAAUAAGGACAAUUGCAGACGAGCUGAAAAUGUUCUUCGUUUAUGGAUCAUUGAAGCCAAGGACCUUGCCCCUAAAAAGAAAUAUUUCUGUGAACUGUGCCUUGAUGAUACCCUCUUUGCUCGUACAACCAGCAAGACCAAAGCAGAUAAUAUUUUCUGGGGCGAACAUUUUGAAUUCUACAGCCUUCCACCUCUUCAUAGCAUCACAGUUCACAUUUAUAAAGAUGUGGAAAAAAAGAAAAAAAAAGACAAGAAUAAUUACGUCGGGCUAGUCAACAUUCCCACUGCCAGUGUGACUGGUCGCCAGUUUGUAGAAAAGUGGUACCCAGUGAGUACCCCUACGCCCAACAAAGGAAAGACAGGCGGACCUUCUAUUCGGAUUAAAUCGCGGUUCCAAACUAUCACCAUUCUGCCUAUGGAGCAAUACAAAGAAUUUGCAGAAUUUGUCACCAGCAACUACACCAUGCUGUGUUCUGUCCUUGAACCAGUAAUUAGUGUGAGAAAUAAAGAGGAGUUGGCUUGUGCCUUAGUGCACAUUCUUCAAAGUACCGGCAGAGCCAAGGAUUUUCUGACCGACUUGGUGAUGUCUGAGGUGGAUCGCUGUGGAGAGCAUGAUGUCUUGAUCUUCAGAGAGAACACCAUUGCCACCAAAUCCAUUGAGGAAUACCUCAAGUUGGUGGGACAACAGUAUCUUCAUGACGCAUUGGGGGAGUUCAUCAAAGCUCUGUACGAGUCAGAUGAGAACUGUGAGGUGGAGCCCAGCAGGUGUUCCUCUAGUGAACUGAUAGAGCAUCAGAGCAACCUGAAAAUGUGCUGUGAGCUGGCUUUCUGCAAGAUCAUCAACUCGUACUGUGUUUUCCCUCGUGAGUUGAAAGAAGUGUUUGCAUCAUGGAAGCAGCAGUGCCUGAACCGUGGCAAGCAGGACAUCAGCGAGCGGCUCAUCAGUGCCUCGUUAUUUCUGCGUUUUCUGUGCCCAGCCAUUAUGUCUCCCAGUCUUUUCAACCUGAUGCAGGAGUAUCCUGAUGACCGCACGUCUCGGACUCUGACUCUAAUUGCCAAGGUCAUUCAGAACCUGGCUAACUUUGCCAAAUUUGGUAACAAAGAAGAAUAUAUGGCAUUCAUGAAUGAUUUUUUAGAACAUGAAUGGGGUGGAAUGAAGCGCUUUCUUUUGGAGAUCUCUAAUCCGGACACCAUCUCGAACACGCCAGGCUUUGAUGGUUACAUUGAUCUGGGCCGAGAGCUUUCAGUUUUGCAUUCCUUACUGUGGGAAGUAGUUUCCCAACUUGAUAAGGCGACCGUGGCAAAAUUGGGACCUCUCCCUCGAGUUCUUGCUGAUAUUACCAAGUCUCUGACUAAUCCUACACCAAUACAACAGCAACUAAGACGCUUCACUGAGCAUAACUCCAGUCCAAAUGUCAGUGGAAGCCUCUCCUCUGGGCUGCAGAAAAUAUUCGAAGACCCCACUGACAGUGAUUUGCAUAAACUAAAAUCUCCAAGCCAGGACAACACUGAUAGCUACUUCAGAGGGAAAACAUUACUGCUGGUGCAGCAGGCGUCCUCCCAGAGCAUGACUUACUCUGAAAAGGAUGAGAAGGAAAGUAGCCUUCCUAACGGUCGGAGCAUCUCCCUCAUGGACCUUCAGGACACUCACGCUGCUCAAGUGGAGCAUGCACCUGUCAUGCUCGAUGUGCCUAUGCGCUUAACCGGAAGCCAGCUUUCCAUAACCCAGGUGGCCAGCAUCAAACAACUGCGGGAAACCCAGAGCACUCCCCAGAGCGCACCCCAAGUGAGAAGGCCCCUGCACCCGGCCUUGAACCAGCCAGGCAGCCUCCAGCCCUUGUCAUUCCAGAACCCUGUCUAUCACCUCAAUAACCCAAUUCCGGCAAUGCCAAAGGCCUCUGUGGAUUCCAGUUUGGAGAACCUAAGCACUGCCAGUUCCAGAAGCCAAAGUAACAGUGAGGAUUUCAAACUCAGCGGGCCCAGCAAUAGCAGCAUGGAAGAUUUCACCAAACGCAGCACCCAGAGCGAGGAUUUCUCCAGGCGGCAUACUGUGCCAGACAGACACAUACCUCUUGCUCUGCCACGGCAGAAUAGUACCGGGCAGGCCCAGAUCCGGAAAAUGGACCAGGCUGGGUUAGGUGCCCGAGCCAAAGCCCCGCCAUCCCUGCCACAUAGUGCUUCCUUACGUAGCACGGGGAGCAUGUCGGUGGCCUCUGCAGCCCUCAUGGCCGAACCUGUGCAGAAUGGGAGCCGGUCCCGGCAGCAGUCUUCCUCCUCCAGAGAGAGCCCUGUUCCCAAAGUGAGAGCGAUCCAGAGACAACAAACACAGCAGGUUCAGUCACCUGUGGACUCUGCCACAAUGUCCCCAGUAGAGAGGACAGCAGCCUGGGUUCUGAACAAUGGACAAUAUGAAGAGGAUGUGGAAGAAACUGAGCAAAAUCAAGAUGAAUCCAAGCAUGCUGAGAAGUGUCAACUCCAUAUCUUAUGUUAUCCAUCAUAUCCGUAUCUGUAUGACAGUUCAGUAGUGUCUAUGUGUGAAAAUCUGCAGCAAAUGUCCAGCAGCCUGGGGCUCAUGGCUGUGGAAGAGGAACUGAAGAAAGACCACGCUGAGAUGCAAGCCGUUAUUGAUGCAAAGCAAAAAAUAAUUGAUGCACAGGAAAAACGGAUCGUGUCCCUGGAUUCAGCCAACACCAGACUGAUGAGCGCACUGACCCAAGUGAAGGAGCGAUACAGUGUGCAGGUCCGCAAUGGCAUCUCCCCCACCAACCCCACCAAGCUUUCCAUCACGGAGAAUGGUGAAUUCAAAAACAGCAGCUGCUGA